AAAGUGAAACUAAGACCAGCUAAAGUUAUGGAGCAAGAAGAGAGUCUGUAGAGGGUGGCUCUGUACCUAAAGCAACUCCACUAUGAAUUUUAGGAUUUAUUCUGCAGUUUAUUGCUUCCUAUGCACUGGAAUCCUAAAGCACCAUAAUGGAGUUGCAACAGCAGGUUCAACCUUUAGUCAAAGUAGGCAGCUUUCCUGCUUGUUUGAGACAACUGAAACAAUCCCAUUGUUAAGUGAAUUCAAGUACAUCAGACAGAAUGCCUGGCUCCUGCUAAGUGGAACUGAGAGACCUCACCAAGAAAAUCCUCCUGCUGCUGAUACCCUCACGUUUAUUGUACAAGAGUCCUCACUGGAUAUUCUCCAACAUAUGGACGAGGAUACUGACCAGCUUGAAUGUAAGAUUAGCAGAUAUUUUACAGAUAACACCCAGAUCUUCUGGCCUGGGUUACAAACUCAGCUUCAUAAACUAGAUUCAUGGUUCACUGGCACCAUAAGGCACCUGGCUGACAAAUUCACCGUUACAGUCUUUUUGGUACAAUCAAGUGCCAGCAAAGAGGCAGAGAACCAAGUCCCCGAAGAUGUUUCUCAAGGCAACGCAGAGAGAUUUUAUCUUUCAGGUGUAUUCUUGGUACGCACAGGACCCUCUCUAAUCCAGUCUGGCUUGAAUAAGGAUGUCCUCCUUAGCUGUGCUUUCUCAGUUGAUCACCACACAGAUGUCACCAUCAAAUGGGUAUUCCAGCAGAAAGGAGGACACACGAAGCUGAUAUUUGCCUACAAUGGAUUUACCAGGCAGGUGGAACACAAGGAUAAACGGGCUGAGAUGUUUCUAGCGGAGAUGCCGAAGGGGAAUGCUUCUCUCUUACUAAGAACAGUGGGAGUAAGAGAUGCAGGAACCUAUUCUUGCUCAAUAUUGGUGUCGUCACUUCUUUGGGCACAGAAUGUCCAGCUGGAAAUAGUAGAAAAGCCCACAGUGACCCUCAAUGCUGAUGUCCUGUCCCUGGUGGAAGGAGACGAACAGAGGCUGGUCUGUGACAUCAGUCACUUUUACCCUCAUGAUGCUGAUGCUCAGUGGCUUCAGGAACCAGUGGAGCAGGGGAUGCUCCCACAUGUGGUGACUCACGUUGUCUCUAGUAGUCACAGGCACAACAGCGAUGGGACUUAUAGCUUCUCCAGUUACUUCCUGCUUAAGGCCUCCCUCAGGGACGAUGGGCGUAGGUACACCUGCCGGGUGGAACACCAGAGCCUGAAACACCCAAUCAAGAAGAGCCUGACGGUGAAAGUGACAGAAUCUACCUCAACAACUUGGUUCCUUGUCAUCCUAUUGGUCCUUCUCGCUGGGUGUCUUGUUGUGAUGUUGUAUUACCUUUACCGAGGGAUGAGCGCCAAUAAGCCAAAACCUUACUAGAGCACAAGACCUUUCAGUCCAGUCAGGACGUGCUGCUCCCCAGCUGAGAAAUGAAUCACAGCACAAGAGUGUGGAAAGAAAGAACAUGUGCCUCUGACUUCAUCCUGCGCUAGAUUUGCCCUAGUAACUCCGGCUGGUGUUUCUCCAAACAGUGGUCUGAUUCUGUGUUGCCUUGUACACUUAUAAAAGCUAUGGCUGGUGGGAGUGGAGAAUUCUGAUUUGGUUGUGUUACACGUAAGUUGCAAAGUUGAGCCUGCUCUGCACACCGUAAUUUUUUUGUACUGCUAUGAGUGUUUGUUGGUUAGUGGUAUGAAUUUUUCUUUUUAACUAAUGCAGCUGGUAGUUAUGCCAAUAUAUUCCCGUCGGUAGACACCUAGUCCCCUUACCACAUGGAAGUGAGAUGCACUAAAAUAAUGUCUUCCAUACUAGGGGCAAUUGUACUACUGUAUGCUGGUAUAGUUAAUGGAAUACAACUUGUAUGCGUACAAGGCCAUAGAUAAGAUCCUUUAAAAUUAUGGGCCAGAUUCCUCGUUGCCCUGCCCCUUGUAUAAUCAUUUACACAAGUGCAGACUGGGUAUAAAAUAUUCCCAGUCUGAUUUACUAGCAUUUUGCACUGAUUUUGGCCAAGCUUUACACUAUGAGAGUGAUAGCAGCAUAGCUAGCUGUAGGAUAUGAAAAGAUUUUUUUUUUCUCAUCGCUGUAAGAACAAGUGAUGGUAAUGAGGUUGAUGGAAGCAUUCUCCUGUUGACCUAGCUAUAGAUGGGAGUGUGGAUCUAUAUAGACCAGGCCUUUGGGGUAAAAAAAGCUACACAAGGGGCGGGGUAGUGGAGAAUCUGACUUUAUGACCUCCAUGAGUUUUCACCAGUAUUUCUCAGUCAUCAAUCAGAUGUCCUGUAUUUGCAUGUUAGAAUUGUUAUGGCUGGGGGCUUACGGGUGGUGGUGGGUUUUUUUUAAAGCAACAUGGGUGCUCAGGUAAUUUAUCUUAGUAAAUGAACAGCAAGAGUUCUACUCUGUUCCCUCUGUCUUGCCUCCACCCUUGCUGGUUUGAGCACCUUCGCUGCAGUACUUGCCCUCCGAAACAACUUUCCUGUAGGUCUCUGCUUUAGCCUUCCACAUAGCUUCACACGUGUCUUUGCCCUGCUUAGUCCUAUUAAUGUUUCUCUUGUAGCUAUAGAAAUGCUUUAAUUUAUUUAACAGGCGGACAAUACCUUCACACCAUUGUUACUCUAACUUGUGCCAUCCCUUGCCUGCUCACUGGUUAGUAUCAUUCUCAUCUGCCUUGGGGGACACAGUUUGUAGGGAAAAAAAAACCUUAUGCAAAAUGGGGUGGCAUCAGGCUGUACGUGCCAUUGCUCAGGCAUGGUUUUUAUAUCGGUGCUUCUUUUUGAGGAGUUAAAAGAAGAUAGCCAGUGCCCAAAAUGUAAAUUAUGUGCAUAUGCAAGAAUUAAGUUCUACACCUGAAAACAAUCCAGAAAUGGAAGCUAUUGCCAGAACGUGGCAGCCUGUUUGGUAAGUAAAUAUUCCACCAAUGCCCUGCCAUCCCUGUGGGCUGCUUGUUGGGUUUCCAGGUGACAUUUAAGGUAUUGAUUUUGACCUAUGAAGCCCAAAAUGGCUUAAGGACCAACCUACCUGAAACUCUGUCCUUGAGAUGAGCAGACGGGCUAGAGUCCUAGGGGGCUACUGGCUGAGCAAUUCUCUGUGCGGCCCCCACAGCUUUAGAAUUAACUCCCCCUUCCCCUCAUCUGAAAUAGACUGUCUGAUCAACCUCUAGGCACAUUGCAAAGCUUACCUUUUAGUCCCCAGGUAUUUGAAAAUGGUGGUUGCAUGCAGGCAGGUUGGUUAUAAGGGUGGGAAAUGGUUGGAGAGAAAAGGUAUUUGAAUUUUAAAGUUGCCUGGGUCUCUGGCGGUCAUUUACAUUGUUUGGCUGUAUGUGGAAGAGCUUGAAGUCAUGGUGUCUAGAAUGUAUCGUACCUGUGCAAAUCUGAAUCAACCAAUCUGCUUGCUGGCUUUCUUAAAUGCAAAGGGGUCAUUAAACAUUUAACAGCAAUAAAGCCCCAUAAGUGAAACUCAAAGUCUGAUUUGUUUGACUUGAUUCUUAAUCUCUGGCAUAGGCUCUGUGGAUUUGUUACUCCUCAGGUCUCAAUAUUCCCACCCUGGUUUUUCCCUGGCUAGCUCUAUAACAGAGGCCUGCCGUUGUGUUUGACAAGGUUUCGUGCGAAUGUUGUUUUUAGUUUGGGCUCAGGUUGGUUUGCACCGUCCACUCCAUAGAGUUGCAUGGAAAGAUUGUCUGUAUACUUGGAUUUUAUCCACAGGUGUAGCUGCAUUUACUCCAAUACGAGUCACACUGUGACUUUUCAGACCCAGUGACUGAAAUUUCAGAGUGAAAUCCUGGCCCCCAUUGAUUUAAAUGAGGACAGGAUUGCACCCCCACUGUAGGCCAGAUGAGGUUUGAAGUUCUGUUUACACAGUGCCCUUAUCAAAACCAGGUUGUGCUGGCUCCUGGGAGCUGGCAGGGUGGGAGAAGGAGGCUCCCCCAACCUUUUCCUAGUCACCAUCCUUGCUCUGAAGGAGAACAAGAACUGCCCCUGGUUAGCACCAGGCCUAAGGCCCCACACCCUUCAUGCUGACCCACUGCAUGGGAUGCUGCAGUUGGGAAACAUCUUUAUGAGUGGUACAGCAACAGUGCACCCCAGAAUCUCUGCCUGAGGCACACAGCCCCCACCUGGGCCAGUGCACAUCAUCACUGCUCCCCCUGCUGUAGAUUCUGGUGCAAAGCAACAAUUAACCCUCAUUUUAAGCUGAGGGAGACGAAGGGAGUUAGACACCAAUCUCCCUUUGGCUCUUUCAAAAAUCCCAGCUUUAAAGUGCUUUGGACUCUGCCUGCUGCAUCCCAAAGGAUAGAAGAGACUGUGGUGUAAUACUCCCCAUGACACUUACCACUGUAUUUUCUUUGAGGUAUAAAUCAAGGAAGAUUUAUUCUGCCUCCUGGUUUUGUUUCCCUCUUGUUACAGUGUUGAAGAUAUAAAGUUGCAGGGACAGUGGAGUAAUGCCUGAAGCCUGAGCAACACUAGCUAAUCUUCUUUUGUGGUUUGUUCACUGAAGAUGUAGGAACACUUUACUGCUCCUGUGGCCGCCAGACAUUUUCUGAGAGCUCCAGGAGGGAAGGACCUGGGACAUUACAACUGAAUUUCCAAACUACAGGGAUUUAAAUGAGGCCUUAUGAGUUUCACCGAAAAACCAAUUUCAUACCUAGCACAGGGAGAACAUUUGUAAGGGCUCAAAGGCUGGUGGAAUCCAGGUAAGUUAUGCCAGGUGGUUAUUGAAAUGUGCAUGUUUUAGACUAAUUGAGUAGCUGCUUCUUUUCCUUUCUCCCAUGUGGUUUGAUUAGUAGUAGGAACCUAUGUUACUUCAAGAUAUCGUCCUAAAUUACUUAUUAGUCUUGAAAGGAGGGGGACUGUGCUUCAAAAAAGUACUCUAGUGAAAUCAAUUCACCUCAGGGGAGGUCGGGGGGAGUGGAGAGAACACGAGAGCCAGAUUCUCAAUUGGUAUAGUUCUAGCAAAGUCAAAUGAACUUCAGUGAUUUCUACCACCUGGAAGUCUGCUUGUCCUGUUGACUGAGGCCUAACCCUAUUGUAUAAAGCACCUUUAAAGCAUACCCAAUAUAACUGACCACAUGAGGGGCAGGUACCACUUUGAUACCAGUAUGGUUAAAGCAGGACAGCUUCUGCCUGGAAACAAACCCAUAGACAAUCUACAGAGCACUGAUAUUCAAAAGCUUGUUACUGGAGGUGCUCUUAACCUAAGAGGCAAAAAGUCUUCACCUCUUUACAAUAUUAAGCUCCCUAGAACAAGAGACAUGGUGCCGGGAAAUGGCACUAUGGAUUAGUAAUGACUUCUGUGGGGGGGGUUUUAAAGUAAAUAAUUCACAAUGUUAAAAAGAGAGAAACACCCAAUUUGAUAGACUGCUGGUUUGGAAAAUUUAUUUGUCAGCUCGUGACAAGCUAGGGCACUCAUUCAUUGUUUUAACACUGAAUGAAGGCACUGGCCGUUCAUAUUGUUGAUAGCUUAUGUUUAAUAUAUAUCUUCAGUGGCAGAUUUUAAAUGGCUAAGUACCCACUUCAGUCUGAACUUAGCUUUACGCACAUGCUUACGUCCCAUUGAAUUUAAUGGAACUUAAGUACACGAUUAAAUGGUUAGCUGAAUUGGUCCCAAAUUCUAGUCUGUUACACCAAGAUGCAUGAACAAAAUUUGGUCCACAGUGUGUUGGAUCAAUUUUCCAUUUUGAAAGUGUGUCAUAACUACUGAGUUAAGACACUAAGUAUGGAGUAUAUUUUAAGAGCUUCAGGUGAUGGAAAUUGGUUCUGAUCUCAUAAAGCAGGAAUAACUCCACUGUAAUUCGUGGAAGUAAACCAGCAUAAAACCACAUGAGGGAGAUCACAAGCAACCCUGCAGGGGGCAGUUGAAGCCAAAUGCUUUAUCAGUGCACAGAAAUCGGUACGCUUACAGGCACAAAAUAUGUUUUUUAUUGUGAACUUUGCAAAGACACGAUUAAGCAACAAAAUAUACAUUUUUGAACCUUUAGAAUUAGUUUUUAUACAUAACAAAUACAAUAUGCUACCAUAGCAAUAAAUUAAAUGUACAUUAUUUACACAAACAUAGGUAACCAGAAACUCUACAAUGCAUCACCUCUCUAC